AUGUCGGAAAAGGAGACCAACGUCUCGGGACCGCUCAUAGUCUCGAUGGGCAGUUCGUUUGCGGCGGGACCGGGUCUGCCGCCGUUCUCCAACGAAGCGGCGGGGCGGUCGCAGCUCAACUACCCUACGCUUUUUUCGCAGCUCGUUGCGGGGUCUCGGUUCGUGGAUCUGACGGUAUCGGGUGCGACUGUGGCGAAUCUGGUCGACGAGCCGCAGGGGGCGCAGGAUGGGAGUGUAUUUGCGCCGCAGCUCGAUCUGCUGCCCCGCGAUGCGGACGUGAUCACAUUGACGGUGGGCGGCAACGAUAUGGGGUAUAUCGGAGAACGGAUGCUGGACCUCAUCGACCGUAUCCACCGCAAAGCUCCGCGAGCACGCAUCCUCCUCGUCGAUUACAUCCAGGUCGUCGGCCCGCACACUCGACCGCGCACGGACGUACCCUUCAACCAGGACCGCAUCGAUCGGUACCGCUCCAUCGCCUCUGAUCUCGUCGAGAUCUACAACCACAUCGCAUCGCACAGGAACCAACUCGUCACCCGCGUCGAGCUGUACGACCUCAGCGAGCAACAUAGCCUCGGUUGCGACGUCGAGUGGGUCGGCAGGUUCCGACUCUGGGACUUUUGGAAGACGCCCGCUUUCCACCCUUCCUACCUCGGUAUGCGGGCCAUUGCGCGCGAGGUGCACCGGGUCUACCUCGAAACCAAGCUCGAAGGGCGCGGGUAG